CUUCACUCUUUGAUUGUUUUGUUUACAUAUGUGCUAAGAUCAACUAAAUGCUAUGUCUUGUAACUGUAAUAGAGUUUGUACUCGGGCUUAGUGGAGUUAAGGGUUAGGUCUCGUGGUGGUGGCACGGACUUAGCUUAACCCCUCCAUUGAUUGCCAACUCUCGGGCUUAAACUUGACCUGUAUCAAUGAACCAGUGCCAUGCAUAAAUAUUGCAAAUUGGUGCCAGAGAGUUUUGAUUGUGAAAAGUGCUUCUGUCACCAAUUUGCAAUAUUUACGUAUGGCGCUGGCCAGCAUCACUAGCGUUGUCUCUCACGUCAUCCAUGUUGAGCACUUCAGGAAAAUAACACCAAUUCAUCCCUUGGUCAACGUGCAGUUGUGAAUUCGUACCACUUGUUGACAUGAGUCUAUAUCAGUAUCUGGGGAAGUCUGGCCUCAAAGUUUCCAGAGUCAUUCUUGGAGCAAUGAGCUACGGGACACCAGAAUGGCAAGGUUGGGUUCUUGACAAAGAAGAUUCACUUCCUCUACUAGAAUAUGCAUACAACGCGGGAAUCCGUACCUGGGACACUGCAGAUCUCUAUUCCCACGGACAGUCUGAACAGGUUAUUGGUGAAGCUAUCAAGAAGUACAACAUUCCUCGAGAAAGCCUCGUCAUCCUCACGAAAACCUACUUCGUCGGCUUAAGUCGUAAGCAUAUUCUUGAUGCCGUCGAUAAGAGUAUUGCAAGACUUGGAACCUAUAUCGAUGUGCUACAGAUCCAUCGCAUAGAUCGCUCGAUACCACGAGAGGAGAUCAUGCGAGCUUUAAACGAUGUUGUUGAAUCUGGAAAAGCACGAUACAUCGGAGCGUCCAGCAUGGCAGCAUGGGAAUUCCAACAGCUACAAAACAUUGCUGAUCGCCAUGGCUGGCAUAAAUUCAUCUCUAUGCAAAACUAUUUCAACUUGAUCUAUAGAGAAGAAGAACACGAAAUGAUUCCGUACUGCAACUACACUGGUAUCGGCUUGAUUCCCUGGUCACCUGUUGCACGUGGCGCCUUGACCCGCCCAUGGGGUACUCGAAACACUCUUCGAGAAGAGAAGGACGCUGGACUCCACAUGCUAGUUCGGUCAAGAGAUGAUAAGGUCGAUGAAGAAAUCGUCAAUCGUGUUGAGGAGAUUUCAAAGAAGCUCGGAAAAAGUAUGGCUCAAGUAGCGAUCGCUUGGACUCUGAGCAAGAACAUGUGUCCCGUCGUUGGCCUGAACAAGAAAGAGAGGAUCGAUGAGGCUAUCGAAGCGACCAAGAUCAAGCUGGCCGACGAUGAUCUAAAAUACCUCGAGGAACCAUAUUUGCCUAGGACGCGACUGGAACUAUGA